GUUCCGUUGGUUUCCGGUGUUAACAAGAUGGCGCUGCGGGAGCUGAGCUCGCUGGAGAAAUGUUUAGGAUUGAAGAAGCCCAAUAAAUACAGCACACAGGGAGACAAAAAGGUCCCUGUUCUCCAAAACAUCAAUGGACCAUCAUUGGUUGGUCUGGUCACCAUAGCGACCCAUCUGGUCCAUGAAGCUAAGAGAGCAGAGCUAUUAGGGGCCAGUGCUGAGCAGAGAGCUGUGGUGCAGCAGUGGCUCGAGUACAGAAUCACCCGACUGGACAGCUAUUCUAAAGAUGAGCUCAAACUUAUACUGAAGGAACUUAACCAGUACCUGGAGGACAAAGUUUACGUGGCUGGGAACGUCUUCACCCUGGCAGACAUUCUCCUGUACUAUGGGAUUCAUCACAUUAUUGUGGAUUUGGCCAUACAGGAGAAAGAGCAUUAUCUGAACGUCACCAGAUGGUUUGAUCAUAUCCAGCAUUAUCCAGGUGUACGACACCAUCUGCCUCCUGUGGUGGUUCUGAGGAACAGAGUUUACCCAAGUGGUCACUACUGAAACCCUUCAUAACUUCAUUCUUUAUUGUUAAAUAAGCCAGACCUUGAGGCCACCAUAUCAUCCCCCAGCUGACAAACAGCUGUCCCAUUGGGUUAGGUGUAACACCCCAAACCUGAUGUUUGUCCAACUGGUCAGGACAAGUAAAGCAGUCUUUUGUGUUUUUUGUUUAGAUUUCUUUUACUUUUUUUUUUUUUUUUUUUUUUUUUUUUUUUGGGGUGGGGGGUUUCUCUGUUUUGUGUGUGCUGUCAGGAAAAUAAUGCUGGCUGGUCUUUGUUUGUUUUUUUUUAUAUUUUGUUGUUUUUGAUGUAAUUUAUUUUAUUAUUAUUUUUUUUGUUGUUCUGUGUUGGUUUUUUUUUUUUGUUUUGUUGUUUCUUAAAGGAAGGUUUGUUCCAAUUGUGUGCUUCGAGGUACUUACCAGGGACUUAAAACGAAAUGUUUUUAAAAUGACAAUACUCUGAGCUAAGGGGUGGGUGAAAUUCCAACUGCAGUGUUGCCAGAUCUCACAAGAGAAAUAAGCAACCUGGUCUGGAAAAACAAGCCUUCAGUAUUUAAUUUUUUUUCCUGUGUGGUGGAUUUAUCAGCAUAGAAAUCAUAACCCGGCAUGCAUCAGAUCUGUAUUAAUAUAUCAUAUCUAACAGUAAUUCAGUGAAGACUUGAAAACAUCUGAGAAAUGUACUUUUUACAUCUAAUAAUGUUUUAAAAUUAUAAUUAUACAUCGUUGUUAUGUUAUAAAGGUCUUCAUUCACAGAAUGCAACAUCCACAAUGGGCAAUUAGGCAAAUAAAUGUGUGAUGCAGCAGUUUCCUUCAGGAUCAAAGCACGUUUCAUUUUUUCAGACAGCAUGAAGAGGUGUAGUUCCAAAAAUGUACUGUGAUAAACCCUUUAGUUAAAAAAAAAUUAUCUGAACUAAAUUAACCAGUUAUCAGCAUUUAAAAAUAAUGUUUUCACUCCAGAACAACUGAAAAUCACAUUGUUGCAGUUUUUGGUUACAUUCUGCUACAAAUUCAGUUUUCGUUCCUUGAACCGUUUUUAGUCCCUGGUACAAUCUCCAAAGUUGCUUAUUGCAAAGAGUUUAACUCUAAUAACGUGAAUAUUUAAAUCUAUAAUUAGUAGAUUGAAUGUAGUCUUUAAUAAUCAUGAAAUAUGGAAUGUUCAGUUUGGCCCUCAUUGUUGUGCUGCAAAUGAUCAUAUUUCUCUCUUCCUUCAGUUGAUAUUUUCCUCUGCUGUUUGUCGCUUAUGGUCUCAGUGUUGGUGUGGGCAGUAGACUGGGCUUUGACAGCAUGUCAUGUUUGUGCUCGGGGGCAGCAGGCAGACGACCAGCUAUAGCCGCACUGACAGCUCUGGUGUGCUUUGAUCCUCAUGUGCUCUUCAUUCCAUCCACAGCCUGUGUCACUCAAACCAAAAUUCUCCUGCACUGUGCCUUUAUUUAGACACAAGUGCAAACACUGCAAAAAAUCUAUUUCUUAAUAAUAAUAAUAAAUGAUUAAGAAAUAGUCUUGUUUUCCAAUAAAAAGAUAUAAAUAUAAGAAGCAAUACUGUGUAAGAUAAGACAUGUUUUCAGAAAAUAUAUCUUGGAUUUUGAAAAUAUCUUCUUUAAGAAUGAACCACACUAAAUUGUUUCAAAAAAAAAAAAAAAAAAAAAAAUAUAUAUAUAUAUAUAUAUAUAUAUAUAUAUAUAUAUAUUUG